ACCGUACACAUGACCUUGUCGUCGCGUUCCAGCAUGCAUCGUUGCAGCUGCAGCAGCCCUUUUCGGAACAGAAGUCCUGCCGCCGCCCAUGACGGACCUGCAGGACGUGAAGGUCAAUGGAGAGGACUUGUUGCCCGAUAGCGGCCGCAACUGGAGCCCGGACGUGCUGCUGGAGCGUCUGGGAAUAUGGGGUGUGCUGCUCCUGCGCUUCGCCAUCAAGGCGACGAUUCUUCGUGGGUCCACCGCAUCAGUCAAGACAGACUGGCAAUGA